AUGUAUGCGGCUGGGGCCUGGGCGAAGUCCGCUGCAAAGCUGGUAUCUAGAAAGCAACUCAAUGUCGUGCAAAGAGGCUUCGCCCAAAAAAUAUGCAGAGCAUACAGAACGGUUUCGCUCAACUCCGCACUCGCACUGUCCGGGAUACUGCCUCUCGACCUCCGUAUCAAAGAGGCUGCCACACUAUUUGAGAUUAAGAAACGAAAAAAGGAGCACGCCUACGGAGAUAGGGAGAUCGAGAAGGAAGUAAUGUACACCAAAACCGCACACCCUGCAUGUAAGCCACACCUACAAUAUAAACAUCUGGAGAACCAGGAGCAGAUUAACACCCUGGAAAAUUUGCAAUUUAAAAUUUACACGGACGGCAGCAAGUUUGAGGGCAAGGUCGGGGCCGCUUUUUCCUUAUGGAAAAACGACCUCGAAAUUGAGUCCAAAAAGUUUAAGCUGUCGUCUCACUGCACCGUAUACCAAGCUGAACUCCUGGCUCUCCGAAAUGCAACGGUGGUGGCCCUGGAAAGGGCUGGAUAUUCAUUUGGAAUAUUUAGUGAUUCCAGGGCUGCCCUUGACACCUUAUGCAAUAGUGAGACAAGGCACCCUCUAGCAGUACCCGCACAAAAUAACAUAAGCCAGGCAACACAGGCAGGGAAAACAAUCUCGCUAUACUGGGUGAAGGCCCAUGUGGGGAUAGCAGGAAACGAGAGGGCGGAUGAGCUCGCGAAAUACGCCGCGCUACACUUGAAAACUAAACCAGUGUACGAUCAAUGCCCGGUCUCAUUCAUGAAGAGACAAAUCCGAGAGGACACUCUCCAUGAAUGGAAUCGGAGGUACACGGAGGGACCCACCGCAUCCGGUACAAAAAUAUUUCUGCCCGACGUCUAUAUAGCCCAGAAAUUUAUAAAGUCAGAGAGCAUAAACAUGCACCUCACGCAAGUACUCACUGGGCACGGCGGGUUCUCGGAGUACUUGAAUCGCUUCCGGUGCAAAGAGAGCCCGUCGUGUAUUUGCGACCCGGACGUGGCGGAAACAGUCGUCCACUUAAUUCAUGAUGAAGUUAACUUCCAUCGAAGGCCGGAUAAGUUUGCGGACAGAACAGCGACGGCAAAUAAUGCUCUGAACAGAUACCUUGCCAUGAAUUUUAAUGGGGAAGAUUUACUCAAAUUAUUCCUUUCACACGAAUGA